AUGGCCGACAAGAAGGGCGCUGCAGCCAACAGCAAACUGAUGGUGAGGAAGAUAGAGAGGACGACAAAGACAGCAGUGGAGGUCAAGAAAGAGAUGAAGACCGAGAUGAAGAGGGAGGUGAAGUCAAGUUUAGUGAAGAAAGAGGAAAAGGUCCUGGUGGUUGGGGAGAAGGUGGAGGGGAACGGAGAGGUCCCAAUGGAGGAGGGAGCCACAGCUAAUAAAGAAGCGGCUAACGGGGUGGCGGAGGCUAAAGCUAACGGAGCGAAUGGAGAGUACGAACCCAUUGAGUUGCCUCCUUGGGAGAUCAUCAAAGGGUGGGUGACAACAGAUACUAUGUGUGUGUAUGUCUGUACUGGAUGUCUCUGUCUGCUGCUGCUUUGCUUGCAUUCUUUAUGUUGGGGUCAAACAUAAAGUGACAUGGAAUCACCAUUCAUGUAUUGUUUCCAACUGUAUAUUAAUCUGCAAUUAAUAUGUAUAGCUGAGUAAUUCCAUAGUUGUUACCAAAGUAGGCAUAGAGAACUGAAGUGUUGCCAAAUGACCUUUAGAGGGAUGGUGAGGGCUGCUUCUCUCAUUAUGGAGAGAAAGAUCCACGGUCAUUCCAACGUGACAGAAGGAAAUGGGUUUAGAAUGCUGUGGAUCACUGUAGAACUCUGUUGAACACUAGAACUCUGUGAAACACUGGAACGUCCACAGUGGUUUUGUUGUGACUGUCCAUACGACUUAACAUUGUGACAGCAGUGUCACUCUAAAAUAAGUAGUCAAAUGUCAGGCAGGAACAAAGCCACUGAGUUUUACCAUAAAGUCAAAUUAAAUCCAAAAUGAAGGUAUACUGUUUAAGAUAGUUUCAAACUCAUUGAUAAGGCCAGACCGAAAGUUUUCAAUACCUUCACAGUGUUGUCUGCUUAUCUAAUCAAUAAUAGUGUAUGUUUCCAUGUUUGGUAGAAUCUGGUUAAAUAAAUUCCACAGGCAUUUAUUUCAAUGUAUUUCUGGGGGCUUAAAUGUGCUUCCACAAAUUCCAUCCGGCCCAGUCAUUGGUUGACCACUAGAGGGCUGUAAAGUUGCACAGUCAUUGGUUCAUCCCCUGUGAGUUGGUGUGUUAGCGUGCUGGAUCAUGUUGCAGCAGUGAGGGGCUUGGUUCAGUUACCGCUCUGAGGGAUUUUUCCAUUCUGAGUUGAUCUGUGUUUAGGAUCCUAUGCAGGGUGGGUGAGAUGUGAGAGUCUUGGUUCAGAGGUCAUUGGAGCGGCCCAGGGUAUGGAAAUACCAUCUGGCUUUGUUUUUAUCACCCCACCAUCUGGUGGAUUUGUUGUCAUCCUUUGGGUGCAACUGUGUUGGGGGUUAAAUUUGUUGACACUGCAACAAAAUGAAAUAUGUACUGUAUAGCACAUAGUUACGAAAUCAAAGGGAUAAACAAUGUGUAAUACAUGCCACUCACCACCUCUGUAUGGGUUUUAUCUGUGUUGUUGCUGAUUUUAAAACUUCAGAUCUGUUAUUUUCUUGAAGGGGUCCUGAAUUGGUCUAAACCAGCAUGACAACAUAUAGGAAAGGAACAAGUAAAUAAUGAAGGAUGAAUUCCCUAUAUCUUUUGGGACAGGUCCACUGUGUCUGUCAGUGUCAUGUCUGGUAGAACCCAGACUGACUAAUAGGAGACCUGAUCUUUUUCCCCCCCACUAAUUGAUCUUUUGACCAAUCAGAUCAGCUCUGAAAAAGAUCUGAUGUGAAAAGAUCUGAUGUGAAAAGAUCUGAUGUGAUUGGACAAAUGACCAAUUAGUUGAAAAAAUAUCAGAAUUGGGCUGCCUGUCUAAACGCAGCCUUAGGGGACUAAUGGACUAAGACUCAAAAGUUCAAAAACAUGACCCUCUUAAAACAGGACAGGCUCAAUCAACAACCCUCAGCCUUCUCUGUGGACAGAGCCUGUGGAUUACUAAAUGAUUACUGGAGGAUUCAGUUCACAGUUGACUAGCCAUCCAUUGAAAGCCUCCAUUAGAAAAACACAUGACUCGGCUCUGCCAUUUUCAAAAUGGCUGUCUCAUAAUCAAAACAUUUGUACUUGGUCAGGUUUCCAGAAUCCCUGAACAUACCUUCUUGAGAGUAAGAACGAGGCUAGAGUAUGCACUUCUUCUAGUUUGUAGUGAGGCACUAAAACUACUGUAUUCAAGUGACUGUUAUCACCAUCUGACCACAUCACCAAAUAUAACUGCCUAGAUGAUUACUAAACAGGGAAAAAGUGGCAAUAUGUUCCAAACUGAUGAGCACAAGUAUAAGCUAUUUGCUCUUGUUUUCGGCUCAGGGAUAGGGCUAUAAUAAGGGUGAAGAUCAGAGUUUGUGAAUAUAAUUGUGUUUAUAGCUAGAUAGUGUAGUACUAUACCUCUGUCCUGUGCAGUUAGUACUGACCAUGUACUGUACCAGUGGGGUUAUCUUGGCCGCUGCCGCAGGCCACACAAAGCCCUGCUGGGCCUGCCAUGGUUAAUGUUGAAGUGGGCCAUUGAGUCAGAGGGCUAAUAAUAUAGAGCUGGCAUUUCACGCUAGGCAGCGCUUACACGCUAAAAUUAGCCCUGUACUCCCCUCUUUCUGCCUGCUGUACCCUGCCCUGCCGUGCUGCCGGCUCUUUCAUCUGUCUGCUGUUCCAGCCAGGCAGCCACCCCCUCUGCUCCCCUGUUUUGGUGUGUCUUUGUUUGUCUGUUUUUAAACAACACAGACAGUUAACUGAUCCAGGGGGUAAAAUGCCCCCAGGAGUGUACUUAGGGGCAUCUUGCCUACAGGUUUUAGAUUCCAUUGUGUAAAUAUUUGUGGGAGAGAAGCAAACUGAAACACAUGUUACAGUAACAGGGGUACUAUCUAAGGAUAGGCACAUGUGAAGAGCUGUUAUGACAGACAGAUAGGUUGAGUUCUGUACACCUGAGGGUUUGGAAAAUAUUUCAUAUGCAAGCUAUGGAGUUUGAGUGUCUGUCUGAUAUAGGAGUGUAAUGACAACUGUAUAACAUUCUUAUUGUUAGAAUAAACACUUCAUAAUAAUAAUAAGACAUACUAUAACACAAUCAAUUACAUUUGGGAUGGCAAAAUGUUCAUAACCUUGAAUAGUGAACUGACGAUAGAGAACCCUUCUCCCAUUCGUUAAACGAUCCUCAUCCCCCUAUUCCCUCUCCAUCCAGGGACCGCAUCGACCCGUUCCAAUUCAAGUUCCAGUUCAAGAAUGUGGAGUACUCGUCAGGUCGUAACAAGACGUUCCUGUGUUACCUGGUGGACAAGGGGAAGGCUGAUGACGGUCUGAUGAGAGGUUACCUGGUGGACAAGGGGAAGGCUGAUGACGGUCUGAUGAGAGGUUACCUGGUGGACAAGGGGAAGGCUGAUGACGGUCUGAUGAGAGGUUACCUGGAGGAUGAACACUCAGGAGCCCACGCUGAGCAGGCCUUCUUCCUCCAGACUCUCCCAGACUACGACCCUGCUGUUAAAUACACUGUCACCUGGUAUGCAUCUCUCAAAUAUACGGUCACCUGGUACAUAUCUCUCAAACAUACAGUCAAGUCACCUGAUACGUAUCUCUCAAAUACACUGUCUGUUGGUACGUUUCUAUAACCUGCUCCAAUUCACUGUCACCUGGUAUGCAUCUCUCAAAUACUGUCACAUGGUUCGUAUCUCUCAAACAUACAGUCACCUGGUAUCUAUCUCUCAAAUACACUGUCACCGGGUACGUAUCUCUCAAAUACACUGUCAACUGGUAACUGUCAAAUACACUGUCACCUGGUAACUAUCGGUCAAAUACACUGUCACGUGGUAACUAUCUGUCAAAUACACUGUCACCUGGUAACUAUCUGUCAAAUACACAGUCACGCACAUACAUACAUACAUACAGUAUCUACGCAGAUAGCUGUGGCCCGUUUCACAGGAGGUUAGCAGCACUUAAUGAAAAGAUUAGAACCCUCUCUAUGACCUCAUCAUAUGUGCCUAAUUCAUCUUUACCCCCUCCCUUGUCGCAGGUACAUGUCAUCCAGCCCCUGUGCGGCCUGCGCGGCUAAGAUCGCAGAGGCCCUCCGGGCCAGGAAGACCGUCAAGAUGACCCUCUUUUCAGCCCGGCUGUUUGAGUGGGAGGAGCAAGAGAUCCAAGCGGGGCUGAAUGCUCUGUCUCAAGCGGGGUGCAAGCUGAGGAUGAUGAAGCCCAUGGACUUCACCUACGUCUGGGAUACUUUUGUGGAGAACGACAACCUAACGUUCACCCCCUGGGAGGACUGCCAGGACAACUAUGAGUACUACCACGAGAAACUGGCCGACAUCAUGCAGUGAUCACAGUGAGUGUAGGGGAGAGGAACACACAUAUGCAUGCAUGCCAUAGGCCUACAUAUGCACACUUAUGCAGGCUAAAUACACAUGAAGAGUUUCAUUCCAAAAAAGCUAGAUAUCAAUUUUCAGAAAUGUUGGUAAAUCAGCUUCUAUUGUUUCAAGAAAUUAUUAAAGACAUUGGUGUGUUUUUUCACUAUCUAAUCAUGGCAUGGGGUUGUUCAAUUACAUACACUGUUUAAAAUCUGUUACUUCAUGGUUUCAUAGAGACAAAUAAUCAUGUUUUUUUUUGCAUAAUGCUAUAUAUCCGCCUCUCUCUCAGAUAUAAAAAGUAGUACUGCUAGGUUUUACACAGUGAAGUGUAACAAAUAACUAUUAUAUUACACAAGCAUGAAGGUACCCAUAAGCAAUCAUUUCUGAUGAAAAAACACCAUGUAAAAAAUGUGUGGAUAUAGAGUUUUGGAAAUAAACUCUUCACAUGCAGGUAUGUAGGGGUGCACAUAGACACAUGCAGUCACAAGACUGAUCCCAGAGAUGAUCUCAGAGAUGGAACAUAUUCUUAUGCAAAGCCAGUGAGGGGCCAGCCCAAUAGGCCAGAGCAAUAAAGCUAAUGAGGGUGACCCCAAAGAGAAAGACAAACAGAUACAGUUACUGUUAUUCCCCUGGCUGAUGAACUGCUGCUUAAUGAGGGCAGCUGCUAACAUUCAGGAGAAAUGGUGCUGAAGACUGGAGGCUUAGCUUCAAUCCUGGGGUUCUGAUCCUCAGAGAAAGUCUAAGGGCUCUAUUAAAUCUGUAUCGCUGCAGCAUUACAGAUUGCACAAUAGAAAUGUAAAUGUCAGAUUGUGCCGGCAUAUGCAGCCACCGCUAACGUAGAAACAUUGCCUUUAAAUUUCAAUCAGGCGAUACGGAUUGAAUAGAGCCCUAAAGGCUAGUUAGAGUUCCUUUUAGGUUAGUCAGCAAAACAUGAGAUGUGUAGUAUUCUUCUUAUCUUUUUGAUGAGGCGAUAUCAAUUCAUUUUGAGUUGCUGUUGGUGUCAAUAUUCUCUCUCUCUCUCUCUCUCUCUCUCUCUCUCUCUCUCUCUCUCUCUCUAGAAUUCACCUGCCACCUCCACUAUCCCAGCAUCCUCAGUGAUGUGAGCAGUUUGAGUGUCAAGCCAUCCUGCACCAAAUGCCUUUAUGAAGCUCCUCCUCCUCCCUCUCCAAAUGGAACUCUCUGUCCUAGUUUCCACUCUCCGUUCUGGAGUUGUCCUCACAGGACACGUCUGCUGGUUCAUCUGUGGAUUAAUUGUCAACGUCAAGAUGAAGGCUCUGCAAUGAUGCACUCGUGGGUUAUAAUUCAAGUAUAAAUGAUCUAUUAUUUUAUUACAUUUGAAGUUGUAAUAAUUUGUCCUUCUCCUUCUGUGUCCUCGAAGGAUGUUUCAUACUGUAUCUGCACAAAUCGUUUUUCAUAUCUGCACUAAUGUUGCUUCUUCAACGGCAACAUUCAGGGGGCUAGAAUGAUAUUCUUUGUAUGAAUAUUCAUAUAUAUAUUGUUAAUAAUGAUAACCCAGACUGUUACGUUCUAGAGAAUUAACAGAAAUUUGUGUUAUUGUUAUUAGGAGCAAUUUUACUUUUGUGAGUUUGGAUGAGAUACGUUCAAUAUCUUUGUUUUCCACGUUUUGU